AUUCGCUCAAUCUGGCCGCAGUGGUGCGCUGUCGACGCCGCUGGCUACGAAAAUACCACUCAUACUGCUCGCCAGCCAGCGAUCGCUGCCGCAUCAAUCUUGCACCGCUAUCGCUGCAGACACUAUUAGCCUAUUAUACACAAGCAUGGCAGCAAUCACAGCCGCCUCCGACGCCUCGGACGCCUCCUACGAGUUACUAGUAACACCGGAAGAGCUGAAGGGCGGCUUAGUGGUAGACUACAACUACGAAGCGUACGCACGAAAAGCGUUGGAGGGAGACGCCGACGACAUCGAGCGCGCGUGGGCGAGCAAGCUCGAGACGCACCCCAAGACGUACGACGGCUUCAAGUUCCGCCUCCACGCCGUCGUCAAGAGUGACGAUAAAGUCACGCUGCAGGUCGGCCUGACGGGCUACCGGGAAUUUGUGGGAACGCAGACGAACCCGCGACUACGGGCGGCGGGCAGCGCGCACCUCUCGAACGCCCUGGGCUGCGAGUGCGUGCUGACGACCUCUGAUAACAAGAUUGUACUACUGAGGAGGUCGACAGACGUAGCGUUUGCAUCGGGCUUAUACAACGGGCCUUCGGGCCACGCCGAGCCCCAAUACGUGUGGAACAAGAAUAUUAGUAGGGAGGUCUUGCGCGACGGUAUUAUCAGGGAGAUCGUCGAGGAGGUCGGCAUCCCGGAGAAAGCUUUGUCCGAGCCGCGUUUAAUUGGAGUGAUGAGAGACGCGGAUCAAAAGCCGGACUGCCUGUUUGUUUUGGAGACGACGCAGACGUCCAGUGAAGUAAAGGAGGGCUACCGCCACGCCCUCGAGGCGUGGGAGAGCGAGCGGCUCGCGUUCGUCGAUUCCGAGGACUGCGGCCUCGCGCUGACGCCGGUGACGCGCGCGGCGUUCGCUUGUUUAGCGAGGGAUCGGGCUUUGUAACUUUUUGUGUUGUGCUA